AUGCAGCAAAAUAACAGUGUAACUGAAUUCAUACUGUUAGGAUUGACGCAGGAUCCUUUGAGGCAGAAAAUGGUGUUUUUAUUCUUCCUAAUUUUAUAUGUGGGAACUGUGGUGGGGAAUUUGCUCAUUAUUGUGACCAUCAAGUUCAGUCAGACACUUGGGAGCCCCAUGUACUUCUUCCUAUUUUAUUUGUCCUUUGCUGAUGUCUGCUUUUCAACUUCCACAGCCCCUAGACUAAUUGUGGAUGCUCUCUCUGCAAAGAGUAUCAUAACCUACAAUGAGUGCAUGACACAAGUCUUUGCUCUGCAUUUAUUUGGCUGCAUGGAGGUCUUUGUCCUAAUCUUCAUGGCUGUUGAUCGAUAUGUUGCCAUCUGCAAGCCCUUACAUUACACAACCAUCAUGAGCCGGCAGGUCUGCAUCAUCUUGGUUAUUCUUGCCUGGAUAGGGUCUUUCAUACAUUCUAUGGCUCAGAUUGUCCUGGCCUUGAGAUUGCCUUUCUGUGGACCCCAUGUGAUUGAUCAUUAUUGCUGUGAUUUACAGCCUUUGUUGAAACUUGCCUGCAUGGACACUUAUGUGAUCAACCUACUCUUUGUGUCCAAUAGUGGGGCCAUUUGCUCAAGCAGUUUCUUGUUUCUGAUAAUCUCAUAUGCUGUCAUCUUGCAUUCUUUGCGAAACCACAGUGCAGAAGGGAGGAAAAAAGCCUUAUCAACUUGUAGCUCCCACAUCAUUGUAGUUGUCUUAUCCUUUGGUCCAUGUGCAUUCAUGUAUACACGUCCCCCAACCACUUUCUCCAUGGACAAGAUAGUAGCAGUAUUUUAUACCAUUGGAAUACCCUUUUUCAACCCACUCAUCUACACACUAAGGAAUGCAGAAGUGAAAAAUGCCAUGAAAAAGUUAUGGAUUAUUAAAAUUACCUCAGAAUUCAAAGGAUGA